AUGCCAGCAAAAAAAGAUUUCAGGAUCACAUUAAAUACUGAAAGAACUGCACGCUACGUGGACUACCUCGAAGCACCAUUAAAAAUUGUAGCUUGUUGGGAUUUAUUUAGACACAAAGAUGAAAAAAUAUUUAGUUUUAUUAACAACGGGUAUCUAGGCUUUGUUUUAUUAGUACUAAGCUACGUAACUCUAGCCUUAGCAGUAUAUUUGCACUCGGAAUGGGAAGACGUAAUGUCUAGUUUGGACAAAAUCUCUGAUUCUCUUCCUCUUCUGGUUUCUUUUGUGAUCGUUGUGUACUAUGCUGUGUAUCGCAAGGAGUUGUACGAACUGUUGGAGUAUAUGGAGAAGAAUUUCAAGUAUAAUUCGGCUCAGGGUUUGACUAAUAUGAGCAUGUGCAAGAGUUAUGAAGCGGCGAAGAGGUUUUGGAGAAUUUAUACAGCUUGUACCAUGUUUAGCGUCUCUAUGUAUGCGACAAUGCCAGUUAUUGUUCAUUAUAUCUACAGUGAGGAGCACGAUGCUGCUACAAUGAGCGCUUUAAGAGAUUGCGCAAUGUUAUGUCAAGCGAUAAAGCGGUAUACGGAGAUGUUUGAAGAUUUCGUAUCCCCUCUUCUUGCGUUGAGGGUGGUGCAGGUCACGUUGUAUCUGUGUACGCUUCUGUACGCCGCCACACUGAAAUUAGAGAUGACCACUGUGGAAUACUUGGCAGCAGUGGCGUUGGACAUAUUCGUUUACUGUUACUACGGAAAUCAAAUUAUCAUACAGGCCGAUCGUGUCUCAACAGCAGCUUACCAGAGCGUCUGGCACACGAUGGGCGUGGGUCCUAGGAGAGUUCUCCUAAACAUACUACUAGCCAAUAAGAAACUCGUGGUGAUCCGCGCUGGGAAGUUUCUGCCUAUGGAUCUACAUACAUUUGUUGUUGUAUGUAUGCCAUUAACUGCUUGGAAAUUGCUAGAUUAUUCUACCAAGGGAUCUAAGAGUCAGUCAAGCACGCAAUGCGUCAAAAUCGACGAUCCUCGUUUGUUCAAGAUUCGAACUUUCCAAUACGUAAUCUGUUUCGGUAUGGGAUUAGUAGGCGGUAUAUUCUAA